CGCCUGCGCGGAGCCGGCAGUCCGGCAGGGCCGCAGCCGCGGGGUGGCCGGCGGUUGCCGUAGGCACCGCGGCCCCUCCCUCCUCCGGUCCCCUGCCCCACGCCGCUCCCACCGAGACGCGGAGGACGACCCCGACCCUCCCCUCCCGCCGGCCCGGCCCGAACUGCAGCCGGUGACCGGGCGAGAGGCGGUGCCGCUCCCAAGAUGUCGCAGACGGCCAUGUCCGAAACCUAUGAUUUUUUGUUUAAGUUCUUGGUUAUUGGAAAUGCAGGAACUGGCAAGUCUUGCUUGCUUCAUCAGUUUAUAGAAAAAAAAUUCAAAGAUGACUCAAAUCAUACAAUAGGAGUGGAAUUUGGUUCAAAGAUAAUAAAUGUUGGUGGUAAAUAUGUAAAGUUACAGAUAUGGGAUACAGCAGGCCAAGAACGAUUCAGGUCUGUGACGAGAAGUUAUUACAGAGGUGCCGCGGGAGCGCUCCUCGUCUAUGACAUCACCAGCCGAGAAACCUACAAUGCGCUUACUAAUUGGUUAACAGAUGCCAGAAUGCUAGCGAGUCAGAACAUUGUGAUCAUCCUCUGUGGGAACAAGAAGGACCUAGAUGCGGAUCGUGAAGUUACUUUCUUAGAAGCUUCCAGAUUUGCGCAAGAAAAUGAGCUGAUGUUUUUGGAAACAAGUGCACUAACGGGGGAGAAUGUGGAAGAGGCCUUUGUACAGUGUGCGAGAAAAAUACUUAACAAAAUUGAAUCAGGUGAGCUGGACCCAGAAAGAAUGGGCUCUGGUAUUCAGUAUGGGGAUGCUGCCUUGAGACAGCUGCGGUCACCACGUCGCGCACAGGCCCCAAGCGCUCAGGAAUGUGGCUGUUAGGAGCAGCGCCGGAGUGUACAGGUGUUCAUACAGCGGUAUUUGGGACACAAUUGUCGGACCUUGAAGAAGUUUUUUACCACCAUCUUUUUCUACUUUAUACAGAAGUAGAUAUUUGUGCGAAGAAAAAUAAUUCGGCGUGUUAUGUAAGCUCAUAGAUGUGGCACAGCAAAUCAUAUAAUAAUAAAUCUCAAUAAACGGACAGUACCAUUAGGUGUA